CCAGCUCACAGGCACUCACUGAUACUUAAAUUUUAACUGGGAGUCCUAGGAAGGACAAGAUGGGGAGGCCAACGUGCAUCCCCGUGUGGCCCACCCAGGCUGAGGCUGAGCCACUGUGACGGGCUGUAUGCUGAAGACAAGUAUUUGCUGUCUCUUUUAGUAAUCCCGACAGAACAAAUGAGUUAUCAGAAAAUGGAUGAAUGAGUUACCUCUGGAAGCAGAGUUCAGUUGGGAAAAAUGCCAAGGAAUGGAGAAGAGGUAUCAAAGAGCAUAACCAAUACUGCUGCGCGGAGAAGGGAGUUGGGAUUACUCAAGACUCACAUAAGUACAUACACCCUCUCUAUAGCUGUAUCCCUCUACUCCAUUGCUAGCAGUGCUGCCGUUAAGGACUGUUAGCCGACUUUGCUUUUCAAUUCUGCAGUGUCUUCCCAAUGUCAGCCAACAGAGCACAGCUGCAUCCUGGAGAGUGCCUGGAGCAAGCACUGCAAGCCAUAUGAUUCAGCAGCUGCAGUUUUCUCACCUGCAGACACACUGGGCUGUUGCAUUGCACAGGACAAGAGGAGUGUGAACCAGAGGUCUGGGAAUUCUCUAUCUACGUUUCUCUGCUGUUAAGAGCUGAACACUUCUGGCCGAGGCUUCAGAUACAACUGGUAGCAGCCCCAAGCACUGAGCCGCAUGCCUGCCAUAACCCUGUUUGCAAAGAAGGGGAAUUUCUGGAUACAAAGAGAAGGAAGAAAAAAAUAUCAAAGUUGAGAAGUCCUAGGACAUAACUGUGGUGAUGACCCUUGUGAAAACAGGGACUCUGGAGAACUCCCCAUAGGAUGCUGUUCCUCUGGAUGCUCCAGGGAGGAGGUUCAAAAGAGCUGUUUAACCGUGGGUCCAGGGAUGCCCUCACAAGAGAAGAUCUUGAGUAACUGGAGCAUCAGUCCGGCCUGAGAAAUCCUAAUGUGCACAAGAAUAUGUCGGAAGUGCUCCUAACGGCGCCAGCGGAGAGAAUGGUUAAUCGGAGACUGGAUCAGCGGGGCAGCAACUCUCUCUGAUUUAUAUAUCUGUAAGACUGGCUACUUCUGUGUUUAAUAUACAAGAAACAGAGGAUGUCAAGAGGAUGAGAGCCCUGUAGUGGACCUCAAACAGCUUUUGAUCCUCUCCCAUUCUGAUUCAACAGGAGUGACCAGAUGCUCACCUAGUGCCAUUUUGCAUCAGACUUUUGAAGAUACUGAGUGCCAGCAGCUCCUGUGAACUUUACUGCCAGCUGGGAGGACUCAUCACUGCGAAUACAUCUGUGGGGCUUGGUUGGGUUGCGCCUUAAGCCAGAUCGCUAAAGCGAACCAAGUUUUAAAAGAAAACUGAAGUGUGUUAGUGAAGUGCACGUUUUAUGGGGAUCACCCAUCUGAAUUUGUGCCAGCCUCUACAGGAACACUGAUGCCAGCAAUUUAAGGAUCUUCACAUUUGCUCUCAGUGGUAGUUAAAUAGUGUUGCACAGAGGUAGCGCUCGCCUUCCCCAGCCAUGAGGCUUCCUCUGCUCUGUGCCUGGGUGAUGCUAAUGAGCCUGUGCCGGAGCCGAGCCGUCAGCUUCCCCGAAGACGAGGACCCCAUUAACGUCGUUGACUACCACUAUUCAAGGCAAUAUCCAGUAUUUAGAGGACGCCCUUCAGGCAAUGAAUCUCAGCACAGACUGGACUUCCAACUGAUGCUGAAAAUUCGAGACACACUUUAUAUCGCUGGCAGGGAUCAAGUUUACACUGUAAACUUAAACGAAGUUCCAAAAUCGGAAGUUACUCCAAGUAAGCAGAAAUUAACAUGGAGGUCAAGGCAGCAGGACAGAGAGAACUGUGCUAUGAAAGGCAAACAUAAAGAUGAAUGCCAUAACUUUAUUAAAGUCUUUGUUCCAAGAAAUGAUGAGAUGGUGUUUGUCUGUGGAACAAAUGCAUUUAAUCCUAUGUGCAGAUACUAUCGGCUGAAUACCUUAGAGUAUGACGGGGAGGAAAUUAGUGGUCUGGCAAGAUGCCCAUUUGAUGCCAGACAAACCAAUGUCGCCCUCUUUGCUGAUGGGAAAUUGUAUUCGGCAACAGUAGCAGAUUUCCUGGCGAGUGAUGCUGUUAUUUAUCGCAGCAUGGGGGAUGGAUCUGCCCUAAGAACAAUAAAGUAUGAUUCCAAAUGGAUAAAAGAGCCACAUUUCCUCCAUGCCAUCGAAUACGGGAACUAUGUUUAUUUCUUCUUUCGAGAAAUUGCUGUAGAGCACAAUAAUUUAGGCAAGGCUGUGUAUUCCCGGGUGGCUCGCAUAUGCAAAAAUGACAUGGGGGGGUCCCAGAGAGUCCUGGAAAAACACUGGACCUCCUUCCUGAAAGCUCGGCUCAACUGCUCCGUUCCUGGGGAUUCAUUCUUCUACUUUGAUGUGCUGCAGUCUAUCACAGACAUAAUAGAAAUCAAUGGUGUCCCCACUGUCGUCGGCGUGUUCACCACACAGCUUAACAGCAUCCCUGGUUCAGCAGUGUGUGCUUUCAGCAUGGAUGACAUUGAGAAAGUCUUCAAAGGGAGAUUUAAAGAACAAAAGACUCCUGACUCCGUUUGGACAGCUGUACCUGAAGACAAAGUACCAAAGCCAAGACCUGGCUGCUGUGCAAAACAUGGCCUAGCAGAGGCUUACAAAACCUCCAUUGAUUUCCCAGACGAAACACUCUCCUUCAUCAAGUCUCAUCCCUUGAUGGAUUCAGCUGUUCCCUCAGUCAUUGAGGAGCCCUGGUUUACAAAAACACGUGUCAGAUACAGACUGACGGCAAUUGCUGUAGACCAUGCUGCUGGACCCUACCAGAACUACACAGUCAUAUUUGUUGGCUCUGAAGCAGGAGUAGUACUUAAAAUCUUGGCAAAGACCAGAUCUUUUUCUUUGAAUGACAGCGUAUUACUGGAAGAAAUUGAAGCUUAUAAUCAUGCAAAGUGUAGCGCCGAGAGCGAGGAGGACAGACGAGUCCUUUCCCUGCAGCUGGACAAAGAGCACCACGCGCUCUUCGUGGCGUUCUCCAGCUGCGUCAUCAGGAUUCCUCUGAGUCGGUGCGAGCGGCACGGCUCGUGUAAAAAGUCAUGUAUUGCUUCCCGGGACCCGUACUGCGGCUGGUUAGACCAUGAGGCUUGUGGAAGAGUGAAGCCAGGCAUGCUGUUCUCUUUGUUUGUUUCAUACAACCACAGCACUGGAGGGUACGUCCAAGACGUAGAGUACGGCAACACAGCGCAGCUUGGGGACUGCCACGAAAUUUUGCCUACUACAGCUACACCAGAUUACAAAAUAUUUGGCGACCCAACAUCUGACAUGGAGUUCUCCUCAGCUUCCAUUACCACAAUGGCAAGUAUCCCAGUUAUAUCACCUAAAGUGAUUGGUUCCUGGAAACCUAAAGUGACUGGCUCUCGGAAAUUUGUAGUUCAAGAUGACCCAAACACUUCUGAUUAUUCUGAUCCAUUAUCAGGUGUCCCAAAGGGUGUAAGGUGGGAAGUACAAUCAGGAGAUUCCAACCAAAUGGUACAUAUGAAUGUCCUAAUCACUUGUGUCUUUGCUGCUUUUGUCCUGGGAGCCUUUAUUGCGGGAGUGGCCGUUUACUGUUACCGGGAUAUAUUUGUACGGAAAUCCAGAAAAAUACACAAAGAUGCAGAAUCUGCUCAGUCCUGUACUGACUCCAACGGGAGUUUUGCUAAACUGAAUGGGUUGUUUGAUAGUCCCGUCAAGGAAUAUCAACAAAACAUCGAUUCACCCAAGCUCUACACAAACCUGUUGACUAGUAGAAAGGAACUGCCGCCCGGUGGUGAUACGAAGUCCAUGAUGAUGGACCCCAGGGGCCAGCCUCCCGAAUUAGCUGCACUGCCAACUCCUGAAUCUACGCCAGUUCUUCAACAAAAGACUAUGCAGGCUAUGAAAAGUCAGUCAGACAAAGUGCAUGGUAACUUCAAUGCCUCACGGAAAGAAACCCCACUAAAAAGCCCUCAGUUUUUUCCUUCCAGUCCUCCACCCCAUUCUCCUCUAAGUCACGGACAUAUUCCUAGUGCUAUCGUUCUUCCCAACGCUACCCAUGAUUACAAUACAUCUUUCUCAAAUUCUAAUGCACACAAGGCAGACAAAAAGAUGCAACAUAUUGAUCACCCACUUACAAAACCAUCCAGCAAAAGAGACCACAGAAGAUCUGUUGAUUCCAGGAAUACCCUGAAUGAUUUUCUGAAACAUUUAAAUGAAACUACUAGUAAUCCCAAAGCAAUUAUGGGAGAUAUUCAAGUGGCCCACCAGACUUUAAUGCUGGAUCCAAUGGGAAAUAUGUCUGAGAUCCCACCUAAGGUUCCCAACAGGGAGGCGUCUUUAUACUCUCCUCCAUCGACUCUUCCAAGAAACAGUCCCACAAAACGGGUGGACGUUCCCACCACGCCUGCAGUACCAAUGACCUCUUUGGAAAGGCAAAGAGGUUAUCACAAAAAUUCUUCACAAAGGCAUUCAAUAUCUGCCCUUCCUAAAAACUUAAACUCACCAAAUGGUGUUUUGUUAUCCAGACAGCCUAGUAUUAAUCGUGGAGGGUACAUGCCUCCCACGGCAGGCACAAAGAUGGACUACAUGCAAGGGACGCCUGUCAGCGUUCACCUCCAGCCUUCCUUGUCCAGGCAAAGCAGUUACACGAGCAACGGCACCCUUCCUCGUACAGGAAUAAAGAGGACACCCUCCUUAAAACCUGACGUGCCACCAAAACCCUCGUUCGUUCCUCAGACAACUUCAGUCAGACCACUGAACAAAUACAGCUACUAGGACUUGUCUGUGCUCAAAAUGAGUGUGGCAUUGACCUGUACAGGUUGUGAGAUGAUGUUGUGGGAGACACAUAAGACAGAGACUUGCUUGUAAUUAAAGAGAACAAAGUGGCCAAAGAAACUGUCUUUACUUCAGCAACAUUUGUGUCUUGCCACAUGUAGCUAUAGCAAGACUUUGUGCGCUUGCUAGGAGCAAACAAAAAAAACAAAGGAAAGUGCUGGUCAUUACAUUUCUUUUGUUUGGAGCUAAGGAGACAUGUAGCACAAUGGGGUGGGGGCUACUUUACUGUUCUAAAUAGCUGAAAAAGUUCCUGGAAAAAAUAUCUGUGAGCAAAUACUUGAAAAAUGGGUUCCAUUUUUGACUGCCAUUAAGCGUGGUCCUUCCCAUUAAAUGUGAACAUUUUAAUAUGUAUGCAUUCACCUUGCCUCUUGCACAAAUGUCAGAAAAUGGUAAUGUCUCAAUGAAUAUCUGGGUUAAUAAUCAAUUUGCUGGAAUUCAGUCUCUGGCCCAACUGUAGCAUUCUUUUUUUUUUUUUUCUGUCCAUGUGUGUGGCAUUUUGUUUGUGCCACAGAUAAAGCUGUGCGUGUGUGUGGAUGUGCGUGUGUACUGUACACACUAGGAUGUAUUUAGAUCCCCAUUGCAUCUUUUAUGCUAUGGAAUUGUUUACAUUGAGCAUGACUGAACAAACAGAUGACUCUUCCUUCUGCAGCGUUUGAGUUCAGUGCGGAGACGGCUAAGGAAGAACUGUGCAUCUCUGCCAGCCUUCUGAGUGAUUCGCCUCGAUGAAAUAAGUCACCCAGUGAAAGAGUGCAUAUAUGUUUAAUUCUUCAUAACUCUGUUAUGCUGCUAUUGAUUCAGAGCUGUACAUUUCAAAUCUAGUGUUUUGGGCUGGAAUGGGGGAGUUUUACUGUGCUUCCACAGUUCCCCCAUCCAAUACCUGGCCACUGUGAACUCGAGCCCCUGUACUUCUCAUUGAGGGCAGCUAAUAAUCAACAAUUUGCUUGGCGGAGGCCUGUGUAACGACAGAAGGUUACGUUUUUGUUGCAUUUAAUAAUGCCCUACACUCUGAUAGACUCUUGUCAGUAGAAAGGAAGAACCAUUAAUUGGCCUGGCAGAAGCAGUCUGUGAAAACUCAACAGUAGUGCAAUCAAUUUGUUUUUGUUGUGUAAUGUAAGGUUUUUUUCCAAAGUCAUGCAGGUAAUGACAAUAUUCUGUAAAUAUUAUGUGUGAGUUUACCUGAAUCUGUGCAUUUUGUGCCUUAUUCAUGCAAAUGAUAAAAGUACUAAAAAAAAAAAAAAACUGUCAAGUGUUCUCACUAUAGCACAUAUUUCCCGAGUGCCAGUGUAAAAAAACCUCUCAACAGCACCCAAAAAAAGAUGAAAAGCAAGAAUAAUUAAUGAUAACUAAAGGCAGCCUACAAUCCAAGAAGACAGCAGCAUUAAAUCACCUUACCAUGAUAAACAUUCCACCCCAGCUCUCCGAAGGAUCAAACAGUUAUAAUGUGAAAUCAAAUGAGGUUUCUAGGGUAAUGGAACACCUGCUGAAGUUGUGUAAGCCAUUUAGUAGGUUUUACAGUAUCCACUUGCAGCUGAUGUUCAACACAGAUGGCUAUUUUAGCUUGCAAACGACACACUACCACAUUGUUUAUUGAACAUAACUGUAGAAAUAACCAUGGCAGAGGAAUAUUCAUGAAUUAGCAGGACAAAUAACUGCAACGGGUUUCAGAGACGAUGGAGACUUAUAUUAUCUCUUUGAAGGGGAGAAAAGGUUAGCCACUGAAAACUGGAUCUCUGUUAUAGAACAAAGAAUAAAGGAUAGAAGUAGUCAUUUUUUAUGGUAAGGCUGUAAGGGACAUUUAUUUCCUGAGACCUCUGGAUCCAAAAAUCAAUGAUCUCUCUUCCUAAACACUUCCGUCUUGCAACUAAAACACUACAAGAUUAAUAACUAUUAAAAAUGUACUCAGUUGUCAAAAGACAAAAACUGAUCCGAAUUCACUUUACAAAUAUUAAUUCAGACUUGUGUGAAAACGAAAGAUAAAUGUAUGUGAACCCUGAUAACCUCCUGUAACAUUGUGCUGCCUUGUAGAUGGUAAUGUGAGUUCUCUCAGUAUUUACGUUGAAAUUUCUAACAUUCAACCUAGUCUUUAUUCUGUUAAUUUAAUAAUAAAAGAUGCUUUAUCCAUUUGUGCAAAGGUAAACGCAGAUUGUAUCUUUUUUAAUGGUACGGCAUAAAAAAGUAACCCUUAAAUGAAGCUGCUCUAUACUAUAGAGUACUUUAACAUGUAUAGAUAUCUUGUAAACUUGUAUUGUGGAUGUGUAAAUAAUACGUUCUUUGGGUUUUUAACACCGCAUGUAAAGUCAAAAUAAAAUAUUCCAAUGUA